AUGGGUUCACCGUUAUCUCCAGUCCUGGCCAAUAUGUAUAUGGAAGCCUUUGAGAAGAAAGCCCUGGAAUCUACAACGUUGAAGCCUAAAUGCUGGAAGCCUACUCACACAGACAGGUAUCUGAAUGCAGAGUCCCACCACCACCCAGCCCAAAAACAGGGGAUCAUAAAUACCUUGAUUCAUCGAGCGCGGAUCAUCAGCGAGCCAAGACACUUGGCCGAAGAACUAGAACACCUACGCACGGCCUUGAUAGUGAAUGGCUGCACGGAGAGAAAUAUAGAACGAGCUAACAGGAGGAGACAUACACCCAUUGAGAAACAGGAGUACUUAGCGACGACGUAUCUACCUUACGUGAAAGGUUGUACAGAUAAAAUCGGGCGUCUUUUGAAGAAGAGGAAUAUUAACACAGUAUUCAGAACUGUAAGGAAAAUGGCGGCAGUGUGUACAGUAUUCCUUGCUCUUGCGGAAAGGUCUACAUAG